UGAUGAUUCAAAAUGAUGUGCAAGAAUGGCAAGGAACGAAGAGAAACAGUACGGAAGGCUUAAUCGCUUGUGGCUUCAAAAAGAAAAAGAAGAGGGUCGAAUCAAAGAUGUGCACACUAGACCAAAACUUUCAACCCUAAACUCUGUUGCUGCUGUGAGAAAGUGGAUACCAAGCAUCAAGGAUGAGAUGGAAUACUGUUUACAGGUAAGCAUUCUGGUAGCAGUGAAACCAAAUUGUUGGCAGGUGGUUUGUUGUCUUGGUGUGAAUGCCAGUUCUCAGAUUGACAUUGAGAAGUUGUUAAAGAAAAUACCUUAUGUGAAAUUGCCCUAUGCCAGUGUGGCCAUGGUGACCACCUUGACCUUGUGUAGAGCCUCUUCUGAAACAGGAAAAAGGCUGUGCACAUCAGAAACGGGAUCAUCAUCAUCAUCAUCAUCAUCAUCAUCAUCAUCAUCAUCAUCAUCAUCAUCAUCAUCAUCGGUUGCAGCAGCAGCAGUGGCGGCAGCAGCAGCAGCAGCAGCAGCAAGUGAGACGGACAUGACGACACAAAUCCACGACACCCAAAGCAGCUGUGCAGGUGUCCCUCAACCAUACAGCCCCAGUGCCAGGAGAGUACCACUCAGCCGACAUGACAACCCAGACCCAGACCCAAACCCGGACCAAGACCCAGACCAGGACCGGCCUCUGGCUUUCGACCGGACCAGACUGGCAGUGGCCACGGCCGGGUGUAGAGGCCCGGUAGCUGGGACAGGGACGCCUCGAGAGACUAGCGGUCUGUCUGAGGCCCUCUUCUCUGGGCUGCCCAACCUCCAGAGCUCCCCCCUGGCACAGGCACAGGCCCAGGCCAGGGCCAGGGCACCAUCGAAGUCUGGAGGUGCAAAGGAGGAACCAGGGACACCAGAGCAGUCUGUAAGCACUCAGUCUGUGAACAGCACUCAGCCUGCGCCACAGAGCACUGCAGACGUGCUGGGACUCGGUUGCUACUCAUCCUCCGAUGAUGAAGAAGACUCAUAGCGAACUGGGUAACACUUUAUUUUAGAGAUACAUCUAUUAGCACUAAUACAUACAAUGUACCUGUGUAAGUAACUUGUAAGGCAUGUACAAAGCAAAAUCAAACAUUUGUUAGGCAUGUAUUCGCAAAUGUCUUGUUCAUGCACAAUAACGGAUUUAUUUCCUAUUUAACCUUAGUAAGGACCUAGUAGGCCUUAGCGUUUGCUUAGUACAUGCCUUACAAGUUACUUAUCCAGGCAUUAACAUUGUAUGUAUUAGUGCUAAUAGAUGUAUCCCUAAAAUAAAGUGUUACCGCAAACUGUAUACACUAUGUCAGGCUGUCAGGGAGAAGAGUAUGGUCAUACAGAUUCAAGAGUAAUACAGAUUCGGUGUGCAUCGUAAAUUGAAUGGACAGUUGCUGCUUCUGGAGGGCCUUUGUUGUAUACAGGGCUGAUAGUAUCCAGGCUCCAUGCCUGAUUUCAGGCUUGACAGAGUUUGCAAAAAUAAAAAACAUUGAUAACAAUUAGCCAUUAGGUUAUUCUUAUCUCAGAAAGUGUCACAGGUUCAGGGUUUUCUUCUACUAUCAGGCUUGAAUAAUGGUCAUACACAGGCUAUUAAAUGUUUGAAUAAUGUGUCAAAAUAGGCCUAAGUUACGUCACUAUGCAGUAUCUUGUCGUCGUCGUUAGAGCAGGGAAAAAAGUUCAGGCUCAGGAUUUUUUUUCACUAUCAUAGUAUAUGAUGUAUAGGAUUCUGAGGGGGUUAGAGGGCUCUUGGAGAGUUUUUUCUUAACUGCAAUUCUCUGUUUAAACAGAUUUAUCAUGUGUGAGGUGUUUUUAUUUGGGAUGGGCGUUUGUAGGUCAACAA